CGUGGUUAGCCUUGCCUCAUUUAGCACGAGAUGGCAUUUCGGAGCGAGCAAUAGCCGAUAAUGAAUUAGAUGAUAUUAAAGUUUAUGAACUCCACCAAGUCAAGAAAGCAACCUUGAAUUUGGUAAAAGAAUUAUUGAAUGAUAUUAACAGCAAAACCGAAUCUAGUCAACUCUUCCCUUAUGCUCGGGAGGGUGAUAUUAAUAAUUUACCGGCUGAAACUGACUCAAACAAAACAGAUUUACCGGAGGGUUGGCGAAGGGAUGAGGUCAAAAAUUUCUUGGAAAAUAAAUUAAAAAAAUUAGACCGAGCAGAGUUUAUUACCAAAUUUAAAGAGUUAUAUUUUGCUGCUUCUUCUUUUUCUGAUGACCAAAUUUAUAAUCACUUUCGCACUGGUUUAAUAAAUCCGACUACCGGCGAAAAGGUUAGACAAGCUAAUUCGCUACAAAAAGGAUGGACUGACUUCACAGAAUUUUUUGCUCGGGAAGUAGUGGGAGAGGCUAACAAGUUUGUUUAUUAUGCUGAAAUUGAGGGACAAGAAUUUAACCCUAACGUCAUAUUUCGAAAUGAGGCAAUUAAAGAGGUUUGGAUUAAAAAAUUUCGAAAUAAAAAUCAUCAAGCCACUAUCAGCAUAUUUUCUCACACUGGUUUCCAAGAUGAAAAUUUAAAUGCUCUGGAAAUCAAUAAAUCUUGUUUACAAAAGGUCUAUUUAUUGUUAAAAGAUAUUAGUAGGGCAAGUUUGGAAGAUAUUCCAUCACUGAGGGAGGAAAUUAAUAAUAAUUAUUCUUUGCAUAUUAAUGAAAGCAAAAUACCAUUCUCACGGAAUAAGGUAAAUACUUUACGAAUAUUAAAUGCCAAACAAACCCAAUUAGAAGCCGAGCAAGAAAAUAAUUUGGCUAUCGGACGA